AUGAACAAUUCGACACCAUUCUGGGAGCCGGACUGGAAGCGGGUCCAGGCCCCACUCUCUGCGCUCCGUCGCCAACUUGCAUCGUUCCCCUCCCCACCUCUCCGCAUCAUGAAAGUCAGUCAGUUAGAUGCCGAACUGCUCGAUGAGGAGCUGCUCGAGACCAUGAAGGAACAACUCUGGAGUGCAUUCUCGCUUUUCAAGCCGACCCUCAAGGAAAAGUUCAAGCCCGAGCUGGUCUUGGCGCUGAACUUGAUCAUGUACAAGUUUUCGAUCUACGACAUGGGCGCUACCUAUGGUUCUCAGCUGCAAAACUUGACCUACAGAAACGAACGGAAACACAGCGGAGGCCUUCAAUCCACUGCUACUGAUGCGCCCUUGACCAAGACGCAAAAGAUCACGUACGGCGUAAUUACGGUUGGCGGACAGUACAUCAUGGAGCGUUUGAAUCGCGUCGUGACAGCGCAAGGAUGGGGAGAACUGCCAGAGGACAAUAUCAAGAGGAAAGCAUGGAACUUGUUGCAGAAAAGCGGGAGCGUCUUCCGGAUAGCCUCCUUGCUCAACUUUUUGGCCUUUUUAUAUGCUGGAAAGUAUCGGUCUGUUUUGGAGCGUCUUCUUUCGAUGCGACUUGUCUAUGCUGACCGCAACUCAAACCGCCAAGCUAGCUUUGAGUUUUUGAAUCGCCAGAUGGUCUGGCAUGCUUUUACAGUAAGAGGCUGA